AUGAUGCUGGGCAGGUCCUUGCCUCCGGCCCUCUUCUCUUUGCUCCUGGCUGCUGCCCGUGCUGCCGCCACCCCAUACGACUUCAAGGACAACUACCACGACCCUGCACCGAGCCCUGAAGACGGCCCGCCUGCGUCCUUUUACACUACCAGAGACAGGCAGCGACUGCCCUACGAGAUUUGCGGCCUUGUGGGCGGCUACGUUCUAACCGUCUUGAUCUGGGGCGUCCUGCUUUUGACGCUCGGGAGAAAGAUGAGGCGAAAGGCACUGGACCCGCCACCAGCUUUGGAGUGGGAGCAGGAACUGAAGCCCAUAAGAGGCGUCAUGGAUACGCCCAUCAGUCCCGGUUCCGUGCGCUCGGCCACGAGCUGGAUGCGCAGGUUCAAGAGGCCCGAGUCGCUUUCUGGAAGCACGCCCGUCAGCCCCGUGGUCCAGAGCCCCAUGUCGUUUGACCAACAGGUCCUCAAUGCGGACAGGGCGCGCGCGCAGGACGACAUGGAGAGGCUGUAUGCUGCUGUCAUGGACCACGAUGCGAAGAAGCAUUCGAGGCAGGCCAGCAGGGAAGUGGACGAGCACAUGGCACCGCCUGUCGCUCGGUCGGAGAGGAGACGCCCGUCCGCCAUCAGCACCACACUCCGAGCCCCCACCGACAGCAGCCCCGUGUCACCCGUCAAAGCCAUUUACCCUCCCGACUACAACAACGCGAGCGCGCACUCGCGCAACAGCAGCCUCCGCACCGAACUCUCCCCGCCAUCGCCGCCUUCCAUUCUCGCCAAGCCUCGACGUCUGUCGAGCGCAAGCCGGCAGGACAAGUCCGCCCGCUUCAACCUCAAGAACCUGCGCAUCAGUGGCCCGAUCCAGAGCUACGGCGGCGCCGCCCCAGACGACGAAGCCCGCACACCACUGUCACCGCGCUUCUACCCGAACCCCGGCGCGCCCCCCUCACCACCCACCCAGCCCACCUCCCCGACAACCCCGUACUCGCCCACCGAGCCCGCCGAGAUCCAGCGCGCCCACAGCCUGCGCAUCCCACUCCCCCACCCAGCCCCACGGCGCGGGCCCAGCAUGACCAUCGCACCCCCCUCCCCACUGCACCUACACACCACCCGCUCCCCGACCAUGACACCCACGACGCAGCUCCCCUUCCGCUCCUACCAAACCAGCGACGCCCCUCUCCAAUCCCCGGGCAUCCAAACCACCGUCCUCGACCGCCGCCCAGAUAAACUCAGCCUGCAAACCCCCCGCACCGGCGUCCCUUUUACGCCGUAUAGUCCGUACAUGCCCUUUACGCCCAUCACCCCCGUGACGCCGCAUCUCGUCACCAAGCGCGAGAGGAAGGGCAAGCGGAAGGAAGGGGGGCGGUUGCGCCGCGUGCCGGAGGUCGAGCUGGUCAAGAGUCCCGAGGAGAUGUUUGGGGAUGCUUAUUAG